UUCCGGUCACAUGAUCCUUCUGUCUCUGCGGUGUGAGGUGAAUGAGAGGAGUGGGCACCGGCAGCUGGAGGUUUCUGGGACUGAAGAGGCGUCUUGUUUUUGUGUGGAGGAAUCCUUAGAGGCCGCAGGAGUAUAAUGGACACAUGUGAGCAGGAAGCGGCUGAUGUGGCCCAGGAAGACCCCGAGGUGAACGCACAGUAUUUACAGCAGCUCAAGGACCUGGAUAUUCCUGAAGAUGAAGCCAGGAAGGCACUGAUUCUUACUGGGAAUGUAUCAGCCGAAGAAGCUGCGAUAUUUUACUUUGACAGUUUAGAAAAUCAGAAUCCGGACACAGAUGAUGACGACACUUUUCACAAGAUGGUGUUUGUGGUGAACAUGGAGCUGUCUAUGGGUGUAGGGAAGAUUGCUGCUCAGGUCGGACAUGGAGCAGUUGGCUUAUAUCAGCUCUUGUUAACAGACUCCAAGACCAAGGAGAUGGCGGAAAAAUGGGAUGAAUAUGGAGCUAAGAAGAUCGUCCUUCAGGGCGCCAGUACUUCUCAUCUGCUGGAGUUACAAGCUUUGGCGUUAAGUUUGGAUUUACCAACAUACCUGGUGCAGGAUGCAGGCAGGACACAGAUUGCAGUCGGUUCACGCACUGUUCUCGCCAUCAUGGGUGAAGAAGAAAUGGUGAAUAAAGUGACGGGCAAGCUGAAACUGCUGAACUGAGGUGAGCAAGACAGGAAGAAGGCAUCAAAGUGCCGGUGAUGGAGGGACAGCUGAUGAGACAUCCCAGGCACGUCCUCCACACACCAUGGAACACUUCGGUGCAGAGGGAGAAGAAUAGAGAACAAGAUGUGUGCAAAUCAUGUUCCAGAGCCAUCGCCAGCCAAUGAGGGAAGGAGACAGAGUCUUCACAUACACAAUGCACACUAGUUGGUGAUAGAAGUAGGUACCUAGAGCUGCUGGCAUCAUACAGCGCUAGAAUGCUGACCAAUCCGACAAUGCUUUCAUAUAGAUCGCCAUGCACUGUACGGUGAGGAAUCUUCUUUUAAAGGCGUUCUCUCACCAUUGCUUAUUCAUUGUACAGAUCAUAAAAAUGAAGCACAUUUACAUGCGGUAGAAAACUGAUCCAGUUAUUUAUUUAUGGCAUCACCUGGUGUGCACAGUGUAUAGCAGUGUACACAUCCCCCUAAACACCUGAGUGCUGGUGGUCACACAUGCUCAGUCACUGUCCCCUCAGCCAGGUCUCUCCAUAGCAGCCACUAGAAAAAUCUUUCUGCCCUGCUCGUCAGGGAAGGAGCAGAAUCAGUACAGCUGAUAGGAAUACUUCUGCAGGUUAAGGAAGAAGGAAUUAUUAUGCCAGCUUCCAGAGGGGGAAGGAGACUGAUUCUGUCCUAAAGGUGACA